AUGCCAGUCUAUCGUGUUGUACUCUUUCGGUUAAAGAAAGAUGCUCCAGCAGCCCAAGUUGAACAAUUUAUCACCGAAUCCAAGGAAGGAGGAAGGAAGAUUCCAGGUGUUCUGUCGCUAGAAGUAGGCCCAGCUCUCGAUAUGCAGAGGACUCAAGGGUACGAUAUGGGUAUUUUUCUCCAAUUGGAGACCCAAGAGCAUCUUAAAUCGUUCGCUAAAGACCCACAUCAUCUCAGGUUAGCAAAGGUUAUUCUAGAUAUGCGGAAUGAAUACUUACGUAUAGAAGACUCCAUGACAUGCGCGAACAAAUAUGCGAGGAUAGCCUUGCGUUCAACCUGGCUUUCUAAUAUGUUCCAUUGA